GUAACCCCCUUUUCAUGUAAACAUUUGAUGGUGAAAACGUGCUGUGCCAUAAGUUGGAAGAUUUCAUCGUAUUUAUCUGUUAAAUGGUUCGUGCAUUAGGAGAUGUACGUUCCAUUAGUUUGCCGGUUAAAAGUAGUAACAGUUGUAACCCUUCCUGCUUUCGGCCUCCAGGACUGUAGUCGAGUGGCGCAGGGGAGGCUGAUGUCCGCUCCAGGGCCGAUGAUGCAGUCCGCCUCGGGGUUAUCUCCCUUCACCGUGAUCUGUAGCAGCGAGCAAGGACACUCGGGCAACUUCCUUGGAAACCAGACUUUUUAUUGUCACUUUCCCUCAACAUGAACAAUAUUCGUGGAGGAGUCCCAUCAGCAGCAACAGAACCAACAACAAAACACCGAGGAGAGGCCACAGCAGGCUGAGAUGACGGGAGCGGCUGGGGGGAGGACGAGCCUCUUCAUGGGGUGCUGAAAAGUCUAAAAAGCGCAGAGUCACAGGGACUCCCUCCAUCACAGGAUGAGCUGGUGUUUCCAGGAUCACAGAGCCACCUAGACGUCCAAGGACAAGGCAUGGGGAAGACGCUUGGGCUGAAUUAGUGAGGCCCCCCAUCUAACAGCAAGAAGUUCAAGAUGCCUCCACCAAAGGAUGGUCUGAACCUGAGCACCACUGAACCAGCUACACUGGACUUUUCCAGUUUUGCUUCCAGCUCCUGUGUACCCUUGGCCUUGACUUGUGGCGUAGCUGUCCUGGUUGUGGCUGUUAUUGUAGUUGUUGCUGUUGUGUGUAAAUGUAAACGAGACAAGACUCAGUUGAAGAAGAAAAAUGCACGGCUUCAGGGUGAAAAAGAGGAAAUUCAGGGCUCGGUUAAAACCCUGAAGGAACUGGAGAACCAGAGAGACCAAGUCAAGCUGGAACUGGAGAACCUUAGAGAUGAACUUAAAGUGAAACUGGAAGAGGUAGAGAGAGAGAAGGAGAAGAACAAGGAGGAGCUUUCCCUGGUGGAGACAGAACUGACUGAAAAGCAGAUGGCAUAUGAAAAACCAGAAGAAUUGUUGCGACAGAAGGAGAAACUAUUGCAAGACCAGUGGAAACUGGACCAGACAAAGAAAGAUAAUGAGAAGCUUCUGUUGGACAUGGAGAGACUGUUGGAGUCAAUAGAGAUUCAGGUUACUAGAAACACAGAUGUUCAUAUUUACAUGGACUAAAGAGACAGAUCGGGGGGAAAUAAUCAAACAU